AUGCACGAUGCCCCGUGCACGCCAGUCUUACAGCCCCCGAACGUGCGAGCAGGCUCGACCUCCUCCGCAAUCCACCGCGCGAAAGACGGGGCGCGGCUCGUUCAAAUCGGCCGCACCCACCCCUCCUCGGCCUCCAAUACGCGAAGAAGGCGGCGCGGCACUUUCAAAACGGCCGCGCUCGCCCCUCCUCCUCCCUCCCGCCUUCCCCGCCCUCCGAAACGCAAAGAAGGCACGGCUCGCUCGAGACGGCCGUGCCAGCCCCUCCUCCUCCCCCCCGCCGCGCGAAGACGGCCGCGCGGCUUGUUCAAAUCGGCCGCGCCCGCCGCUCCUCAUCCCUCCCGCCCUCCUCGGCCUCCAGUAAGCGAAGAAGGGGGCGCAGCACGUUCAAGACGGCCGCGCCCGCCUCUCCUCGUCCUUCCCGCCCUUCCGGCCCUACAACACGCGAAUAAGGGGGCGCGGCACGUUCGAGACAGCCGCGCCCGCCCUUCCGGCCCUCGAACACGCGAAGACGAGGGUGCGGCACGUUCAAGACGGCCGCGCCCGCCCCUCCUCAUCGCUCCCGCCUUUCCGGCCCUCCAACAUGUGAAGAAGGGGGCGCGGCUCGUUCAAGACGGCCGCGCCCGCCCUUCCGGCCCUCGAACGCGCAAAGACGGCUGCGAGGCUCGUUCAAAACGGCCUCGCCCGCCUCUCCUCAUCGCUCCCGCCCUCCCCGGCCUCCAAUGCGCGAAGAAGGCGGCGCGACUCGUUCAAACGGCCGCGCCCGCCUAUCCCCGUCCUUCCGGCCCUUCGGGCUUUUCAGUACGCGAAGACGGCUGCGCGGCUCGUUCAAGAGGGCCGCGCCUUGUUGUGUUGCUGCACCAUGAUAUCAAGUUCAAACUCAGCAACAUUGAUCCCUAG